GGGGGGGGGGAAGGGGUGGAUGAGGCUUCAAUGAUGGUGGCUAUUCAUUUAGCCUACAAAUAUCUCCUGCAGAAGCAGCAUCAAGGUCAACAUCUUGUACAGACGAAGAGGUUACUAGGUAUAGUGAAACGUUUAGAAGAAGGCUUAUUCAGAACUGCUGCCACAAAGGAGGAAUAUAUUAACCUGGAGACUUUGGAGAGUCGUUUACAUGCUUUGAUCAAGUGCCUUCCUCGAAGUAAUCACAGUGAACAAUAUCCUCAACAUGACAGUUAUUCUUCCUCCAUUGGUACAAUGAUACCAACUCCUGGUAUGCCCCAAAGUGGAAGCUCAAGCUUGCUGGUUACCUCAUCUUCGAAGGCUUCUGUGAUCGCUUCUGGUGGUUCUAAUAGCGUUGCAUCCACAACUGUCGACAUGGGAAGCUCCAUUUCAACUGCCAAUGGACUUUCUGAUGGCAUACGCAGUGGUUCCUCGGAUUUGUCUGAUGGAACAUUGCGUAACGGAUACCAACAGUCACCUUCUAAUUUUUCCAUCAGUUCUGGUGGCAAUGGCAUUGCGUCGGCAAUGGAAAUACAGAGGAUGAAUAACCAAAUGAUACCUAUUCCUGGAUUUAAUAGUAAUAAUAAUCAGUCAUACAUGAAUUUGGCGUCUCGGAAUAAUGUUGGUGGGUUUUCGUGUGCUGAAUCUACAAUGCUGUCUCAGUCACUGCAACAAAGGCAGCAUGUUGGUGGUCAAAACAGUCAUAUAUUGCAUAACCUUGGCAGCCAUAUUGGUGGUGGUAUUAAGUCUGGUUUGCAGCAGAAAUCCUAUGGGUUUUCAAAUGGGGCCUUAAAUGGUGGGUUAGGAAUCGGGAGUAAUUUACAACUGGUGAAUGGUCAAGAAGCUGCUGAGGGCUAUCUGACAACUACGCUGAGUGGCAAUACACCCAAACCUUCGCGAUGUUACGAUCAUCUGCGUCCAUUAAUGCUGGGUGAUGAAUAUGGGAUGAGUACUGCUGAUUCUUCUGGGUCUGCAGACUCCUAUGGCUCUAUAAACGCUACCGGAUCAAUGAUAAAUAAUCAGAACUUGGGUCCAGUAAGCUUGCAGGCUCUACCGAAAACAAGCUCUUCUUUGACUAUUGGUCAGUCGAACUUGCACACUACUCAGCAGGCUUCAAAUGUGAAGCCUCAAUCAUUUGAUCACUCAGGUAAAAUAGACUUUCAGUCUCUACAUUCACUGCAAGAGAUCCUACAACCUAAAAAGGAACAGCUUCCUCAGUUUCAACAGCAACUUGUUCAACAUCAGCACAAACUGGGGCAACAAAGUAAGCAGCACCAGUUUGGGUUGAAGAAUGAUGCUUUUGGUCAGUCGAAGCUAACAUCUGAUCUGGGCAGUCAAACAAAGCCUGAGCCUGGGUUGGAGCAUCAUGCUAAAGUUCUGCAUUCACAAGUCUCUGAAAAGUUCCAACUUGCUGGGCUGCCGAACAAAUUCCAACAUUACUCUGCAGAAUUUGAUUCUAGAGGAAUUCAGUUGUUCUCUCUUCCACCUGGCCCACAGGAUAUUUGCUCUUCACUUGCUCAAACUUCACAAGAGAUACAACAUUUGUUGCAUCCAAGUCCCUUGGUUUCUGAUACUCAAAAUGAUUUCAGCUGUCUUCCCAGUGGAGUUAAAUCAGAUGCAGUACUGCAAGGUCAGUGGCAUACUAAAUCCCAAGUUGGUUCUCAGCUGAUGGGGAGCUUGUCAAAUGAUGAGGACGUUCAGAAGGAAUUCUGUCAGAGAAUAACUGGGCAAGAUGAGGCUCAGCGAAAUAAAUUAUCCUCAGAAGUAUCUGAAACUAUUCGUAGUAGAACACCAGAGCCCCCAAAUCCAAGUGGUGCUACGUGUAGAUCAAGUAAUCUAAACCGCGAUCGGCAGUUCAGGAAUCAACAGAAGUGGCUGUUGUUCUUGAUGCAUGCAUGCAAAUGUUCCUCUCUGGAAGGCAAAUGUCUUGAUGUAAAUUGCAUAAAUGCUCAGAAACUCUUGAAGCAUAUGAAACAAUGUAAUUCAGCUCAAUGUUCAUCUAGAGGUUGCCCUCAGACCAAGAUAUUAAUUAAUCAUUACAGGCAUUGUAGUGAUUUAAGAUGUCCUGUUUGCCUACCUGUAAAGAAUUACAAAAAGAUGCGCCCAAAGGCUUGCAGGCAUUCCAAUUCCAAUUCUGGCUUGUCAUGUUCAACCAAUGGAUCCUAUAAAUCCUAUGCUACCAGAGAAAGUGCUGGUAGAUUGACUUCGUUACUUGUUGAAACGCCAGAAGAUUUUCAAACGUCCCCGAAACGCAUGAAGAUUGAGCAACCUUCUCAAUCUCUUGCUUCUGAAAGUGAAAGUUAUGUCAUACCCGUUCCUGCAAUUACCGAGCCUCAUGUUCUCCAAAACGAACAACAUGUUGACAUUCUUAUGUCAAUGAACUCUGAAGUUUCUGAAGUAAAGAUGAAGGAUAAUGACACAGAUGAUACAUGUGUCCAAAUGCCUGAUGCUGAUCCUAUUAUAUUUGAUUAUCCUACUGGUUUUGCUAAGCAGGAAGGCAUUAAGAUUGAGCAAGAGGUGGACCAGGUUAAACUGGAGAAUGUGACACUGCCUGCAGAAAAUGUUGCUGGAACCAGGUCUGGGAAGCCAAAGAUAAAGGGAGUUUCAUUGACCGAACUGUUCACUCCAGAACAAGUUCGGGACCAUGUUAUAGGUCUCAGGCAGUGGGUUGGCCAGGGUAAAGCAAAGGCAGAAAAGAACCAAGCAAUGGAGCAGUCAAUGAGUGAGAAUUCUUGUCAGUUGUGUGCAGUUGAGAAGCUCACUUUUGAACCACCACCUAUAUUUUGCACACCAUGUGGUGCUCGCAUCAAGAGAAAUGCAAUGUAUUAUAUGAUAGGAGCUGGUGACACACGGCACAACUUCUGUAUUCCAUGCCAUAAUGAAUCCCCUGGGGAAACUAUCAUAGUGGAUGGAACUACUAUUCUGAAGGCAAGGCUGGAGAAGAAGAAAAAUGACGAGGAAACUGAAGAAUGGUGGGUUCAAUGUGAUAAAUGUGAAGCUUGGCAGCAUCAGAUCUGUGCACUGUUUAAUGGUCGAAGGAAUGAUGGUGGGCAAGCUGAAUAUACUUGUCCAAACUGCUAUAUAGCAGAAGUUGAAACAGGAGAGCGAAAACCCUUACCGCAGAGUGCUGUGCUAGGAGCAAAAGAUUUGCCUAGAACAAUUCUCAGUGAUCACAUAGAGCAGCGAUUAUUUACACGGUUGCAGGAAGAAAGACAAGAGAGGGCAACACUUCAAGGGAGAAGUUAUGAUGAGGUUCCAGGAGCUGAAGCCCUUGUAGUCAGAGUUGUAUCAUCAGUGGACAAAAAGUUGGAAGUGAAGCAGCGAUUCCUUGAGAUUUUUCAGGGAGAGAAUUACCCUACUGAAUUCCCAUAUAAGUCCAAGGUAAUAUUGUUAUUUCAGAAAAUCGAAGGUGCAGAAGUGUGCCUGUUUGGCAUGUAUGUUCAAGAGUUCGGAUCAGAAUGUCAACAACCAAAUCAUCGCCGUGUUUAUCUCUCAUAUCUGGAUUCUGUUAAGUAUUUCAGGCCUGAAGUUAAAGCUGUGACAGGAGAGGCUCUCCGUACCUUUGUUUACCAUGAAAUUCUGAUUGGAUACCUAGAAUAUUGCAAGAAAAGAGGUUUCUCAAGCUGUUACAUAUGGGCUUGCCCUCCACUGAAGGGUGAAGAUUAUAUUUUAUACUGCCAUCCAGAGAUUCAGAAGACACCAAAGUCUGAUAAACUCAGAGAAUGGUAUUUAUCAAUGUUAAAAAAAGGUGCAAAGGAAAAUAUUGUAGUUGGCCUCACUAAUUUAUACGACCAUUUCUUUGUAUCUACUGGUGAAUGUAAGGCCAAGGUAACUGCAGCACGGCUACCUUACUUUGAUGGAGACUAUUGGCCUGGUGCUGCGGAGGAUAUGAUCUAUCAGCUUCAACAAGAAGAGGAUGACAGAAAACAGCAUAAAAAGGGAAUCACCAAGAAGGCUGUUACAAAAAGAGCUUUGAAAGCAUCUGGCCAAACUGAUUUUUCUGGCAGUGCAUUGAAAGAUCUGCUAUUAAUGCAUAAAGUAAUUCCAUUGUCCAUUAUUUCAUGCAUGCACUCAUUGCUGUAUUUUGAUGAUAUCGGGGAACCGUUGGGUUUGCCAUCUGUGCAAAAAUUUUCAGCUCUGCGGCAAGUUGAGGUCAUCGAUGUACCUGCAGAUACAAAGGAUAAAGAUGAGAUUCUUGAGAGUGAAUUCUUUGAUACCAGACAGGCAUUUCUGAGUCUUUGUCAAGGAAACCAUUACCAAUACGAUACACUACGCUGUGCUAAGCAUUCCUCAAUGAUGGUACUGUAUCAUCUUCACAAUCCCACUGCUCCUCCGUUUGUGACAACAUGUAGUAUAUGUCAUCUUGAUAUAGAAGGCGGUCAGGGUUGGCGCUGUGAGAUUUGCCCGGAGUAUGAGGUAUGCAAUGCAUGCUAUCAAAAGGAUGGCAGAAUUGAUCAUCCUCAUAAGUUGACUACUCAUCCAUCUAUAGCUGAUCAUGCACAGAAUAAAGAAGCUAGGCAAUUACGAGUUUUGCAGAUUGACCCCAAUACGGUGAACUCAGAUGUAUUGGGGUUAAUAGGUCUUAACACUUGA